AUGGCAAGGGACCUUGACAACCUUUAUCAACAGUUGACGCUGACGAAUGGUGAAGAAACAGAGGUGUUGGUUGAAGGGGAAACGCUGGAAGAAGCCUCAGUAAGGGCAGAACGAUGCAUGUGUGCACAACUUCAAACUGCAAAAUAUUACAACAAGGAGGCUUUAUUCGGCACUAUGAGAAAGAUAUGGAGGCUGGGUCGAAAAGUCUGGUUUCGAGAGUUAAAUUCGACUUUCUUCUUGAUCGAAUUCGAAUAUGCCAACGAUAAACAGAAAGUAUUGCGUGAGGGCCCUUGGGCUUUUGAUAAAUCUCUCUUACUGAUGGGGGAGAUUGACAGUAAGCAGCCAAUUAGUCAAAUUCAACUUAAGCACUGCUCAUUCUGGGUAAGAACACAUAACUUAUUACCCUUUUCAGCUAGGGCGAAAAAACUGGGAUAUUCGGUUGGGAGUUCCUUUGUUCGAGUUGAAGAUGUGGAGGUGGAUGAUAGUGGAUGUACGUGGAGGGAGUAUAUGAGGAUUCGAGUUGUAGUGGACGUCACAAGGCCACUGCUCAGGGGAAAGAAGAUCUGCAUUGGGGGUGAAGGCACUGUAUGGACACGUUUUACCUAUGAAAGGUUGCCUGAGUAUUGCUAUCAUUGUGGCAAAAUUGGGCAUUCCUUCAAGGAUUGCACCUCCCCAGAUGCGAAUUUGGAGGAAGAUGAUGUAUCAAAGCUCCCCUAUGGUCCAUGGCUGAAAGCGAAUAGCUUGGGAGGAAGGAGUCGUUCAGGAAUAAACUUCGGCAGCCGGAGUACAGCUGGUGCGUUUCCGGCAAUGGUACCGGGCCUACCAGGAAAUGCUAGGGCAUAUCACAUGGCCCACAAGCCUCACAACGAUAAUCACAGAAUGAAACUGGCACAACAUGAGGGGAUUGCAGAAAUGGUUAGCUAG